GCGAAAUGUGUGUUUGUACCCGUUUGCCACCAACGUUUGCUACAUUUUUAUUUUUAUGUAAUUUUUACUAGUCAAUAGAUGGCACCAUAAAAUAUGUACUAAAUUCAUUUGGAUCCUUAUGCUACUAUAUAAUUUGAUUAUGACGUCCAACAGAACAAAGAGAAUAUUACAAUUAGCAACUCAACAAAUAAAUGAUGAGGAGGAUUGUGAGUAUAAUAUAUUAGUCCCCAAUAGAAAUAUUGACUCCGAUAUUGAAAGUGAUAAUGAAGAAUAUAUGUUACCGUCCGCCCCUUUAACAUAUCCUGUAAUAGAGGGUGUUGAUGAAGAUGAAUUAGAAAAUGCAUCUAAGUUUACUAUUUUAUCGAAUGUAUUGCUCGAAAACGACGAUAUCUUGGAAAACGAAGCAAACAAUGAAGAGGUAGAAAAUGCAGAAGGUGCUAAAAAAACGAACUAGAUGAACAUAUUGGGUAUGUUGUAGAUGAAACCUUAGCAGAUGAGCUUGAUGAUACACCUCUCAAUUUAAAGAAGAACAAACAACAACAAAAAGUUCAAAAGAAAAACAAAUCCAAGAAAGAAAAAAUAUACCACUGGACAGAGGAACCUUUUGGCUACCCGGUAGAUAUUGAUGAGGAUAAUUUUCAAGUUCCAGACGAGAUUUUAUCUCCAAUUGAUUACUUUAAAAUGUUCUUUGAUGAUGCGUUAUUGGAAAUGAUAACAUAUCAAAGUAACCUUUAUUCCGAACAACGUUCUGGUACCUCAAUCAAUAUGAACAAAAACGAAUUGACGGAUUUUUUGGCAAUUGAGCUAUCAAUGGGAAUUGUAAAGAUGUCAGCUUACACAGACUAUUGGAGUGUUCAAUUUAGAUAUGACAAAAUAGCUGACAUAAUGCCACUGAAAAAAUAUCAAGAAAUACGUUGUUAUCUAUAUUUCGUCGAUAAUAAUUCUAUUAGUGACGACCGCUUUUAUAAAAUUAGACCUGUGAUGGAUCAUGUACGACGCAAUUUUCUGAAGAUUCAAGAAGAAAGAAUGUCCAUCGACGAAAUGAUGGUUCCCUACAAAGGAAAAAAAGCUGGUUGGCAAUGGGGCUUCAAAUUGUUUCUGCGUUGCGUAAUCUCAGGAAUGGUCUACGAUUUCAUGCCUUAUGGCGGCGAUGAUACAUUUCGAGAUAUCGCAUUUGAUGAACAAGAAGAGACUUUUGGAAUGAGUGAGCAAGUAGUUAUAGCUCUUAGUAAAACUAUUUCAAAACCGAUAUGUAGUAUUUUGUACUUUGAUAACUUUUUUUGUUCUCCUGAUCUUGUAUCCUAUUUACGCGAUGUCAAAGAAAUACUUUCACCUGGCACUUUACGCAUAAAUAGAGUGAGGAAUUGUCCCACUAAGGAUGAAAAGGAACUUCGAACUGAAGGUAGAGGUUCUUAUUUUCAAAUGGUCGAUAAUGACCAGAGGGUGGCAAUUAUUCAGUGGUUCGACAAUAAAGUAGUACGACUCUGCAGUUCAUACGUGGAUGCAUAUCCGUUAUCUUCCAUUAAAAGGUUUGUUUAAACAAAAUCAAACAAAAAAACAGACAUAACGUGCCCAAAAAUAGUUAAAGAGUAUAAUCGGCAUAUGGGUGGAGUGGAUCUCGCUGGUAUGUUUGUAUCCCUAUAUAGAACGUCACUGAAAACCCACAGACGGUAUAUAUCAAUAUUUUCACAAAUCUUGGAUAUUUGUGUAAAUAACGCUUGGGUUCUAUAUAAAAGACAAAUGCUACUGCUAAACCCGGAGAAAAGAACAAAAACUUUAAAACAAUUUCGUUAUUCCAUAAUCGACAGCUUGCUCCGUAAAAAUAAAAAGCGUGGAAUACCAUCAAAUGAGGACAUCGCUGUUCCAAAAAAAAAAGAAUAAAAACCAUGUUUAAACCCCGGCCAGAACCCAAGUAGCAAUUUUACGACCUGCAACCAAUGUUGUCCUAAUGGGACGUUAAAUUUAAGGACAAAAUUGGUUCACAAUAAGCCUGAACCAAGGACAACGUCUGUUUUUCCUGUUUUUGGACCAACGUUGCUGCUAAUAAGUAAUAUAAUCUGAUGACCAACCGACAUCGGGAAUAACGACGUCAAUUAUUAGGAUAAGGUUUGACGUUAAGCUGACGUCGGUCUUAACCUAUCUGUAGUGUAAGUGCAAUUAAUGCCCGGUUGCACCAACAGAUCUUAAGCUUAAGUCGAGAAUAUCAUAAGAAUUAAUAUAAUAUAAUUAUAAUAUAUUACAAUAAGAAUCCCAUAAUAUAAUAAUAGAUAUAAUUGAUAAUAAGGUAAGAAUCUAAAAUUAUGGUGCAACGUAAGUGAUACUCAAGGAGGCCCUAUCUAUAAGUAGAGCCUAGCUAAGCUGGAGCUUAAGAUCUGUUGGUGCAACCAGGCAUUAGUGGCAUACAUCAACGACUACUCAACGUCGGGAAUUACAACGUAUUUUUUAGAAUAGAUGCCAACGUUCAGAGGACGUUGGUGUUUUAUCGAGUAUGGUAGACGUAUUUUUCGGGAAGACGACAACGACAAUCCAACGUUGAGAAUACCAACGUUAAUUAUUAGGUUAAGGUUUAACGUUAAGCUGACGUCGGGUAUAACCUCUAUACUACAAUGUAAUUUAAUGGAAGACAUUUAACGACUGCUCAACGUCGGGGAUUACAGAGUAUUUAUUAGUAUCGAACCCAACGUUCAGGAGACGUCGGGUGUUUUCUCAGUAGGUAUAUGGUAGAUUGCUGCGUGUGCUUGCGGGAAGAUGAGAACGACAAUACAACUUAGGUAAUAACAACGUAGUAUUUAAGUAAAGUUGUAUACGUUAACCUGACGUCAAAGUUUUUUUAUAAGAUAUCUGUAAUUUACUAAAAACGUCGACGACUAUCCAACGUCGUAAAGUAAAUUUUCGACAAUUGGUUGUUUAGUUUCCAACUACAAAACGACGUAAAAAAUAAUCGUCCACCAGAUUAAGGCGUGUUCACGACGACGACCGGUCGUCGGGAGUCUGUCGUCAAGACCAGGUUGUCUGUGCUUACUUUAGGACGUAUUAGGUAUACCAAUAGGUAAAUUCGAGGUGUGCAAGGUAAAAAUAGGUUAUACUAAAGGUCGGCAGGGGUGUCCUUGUCCAAAUCAGUUAAAAUGUAGUUCAAUUUAGGUCGCGAGUCAAAUCCGCCAUUAAUGAAAGAUCGCCCUGGUUCAGCCAUUUUUUGAAACAUAAUGUUUGGCAAUUUUUUUGCUAGAUUUUAAUUAAUAUUUGAUUUUAAUUAACGAAUUUUGUUUAUAUAUAAAUCAAGGAUAAGUUUGUAUGGGUCUAGACAUAAUAAUAUGUUUUUUUAAUUACGAUGGUUAUUUCUAUUUUUACCGUUUUGUUCGAUUUAACCUGUAAAUUUCUGAGGCGCUUUCAGUUUUUAGCAAUUUUUAUACCUAGUUUAACAGUACACUUCCUUGCGUUUGUAAAUUUUCGACCGCAUUAUGCAAUGAGGCAGAUGAUUAAUAAAAUAAUUAUACAAGUCACUUAGGUUAUAUUCUAAAUAGAGUAGGAACCUACUUAAAUAAGUAUCAACAGGCCGUCAUGCAUCUUAGUUUCUGAUGGUUUAAUAUCCUCCAAGAUUAUUACCCUAUUUGGUAAAAAUGAAGUUUGUCGGCCGUACUUCUGUGGUAGAGGAUUUUAUACUAUUACUUUACAAGACCAAAGUCCUAAAAACUAACGUAAUUUGACGAUAAAAUAUCUCGAGCUGAGAAGUCGAGAGGGGGACGUCGAGGCAACCCGUAUUUCUAUUCCCCACUUAGGUGCAAAUAACGGUUUUCUGACCGUCUACGCAACGUCGCGUAUUAAAGUUGGGGCAUUUAAUCCAACGUUAAGACGUCGUAAUAUUACGUCCAAUUGCUUCUUGGGAAGGUGAUAUAAGAUUUGAUAAUUUCGGACACCUUCCACAAUUUUCCACAAAGAGCCGAUGCCGCAAUUGUGUAAAUACCCAAACACAUAUAAAAUGUACGAAAUGUGACGUACGUCUUUGUUUUGUGUCAAAACGAAAUUGUUUUUACGAUUUUCAUAUGAGCAAGUAAUCAUUGUAAUAUUUUUGUUGGUAAAAUAAA